GCGCUGAAGAACGGAAGCCGGAGAAGGACAAUUGGUUUCAGCAAGGCGUAACCCAUCUGCCAUUGCCGAAGUUAUGUGUUCAACAACAGAGCGUUGGUAGUGUGUUUGAAGAGAGGGGCAAGCCAAAGUGAUCACUCAUGUUGAUUGGAUGUAGAAAUCUCUCCCGGACAUUUUUCCCACUCAUCCAUCAAAGAUUUUGGUUGACCUCCCAGGCUGCACUCUUCUCCUCUACCUCAGGAGCUUCAUCUAUCUGUCAGUCUCACUUGACCUGCAGUCACAGCUCCUUUACACGUCAUAUAAACUCAGCCUUCCUACACUCAUCUGUUCACUCCUCCUCCAUUCACCGCCUCUCUCAUCCUGCUGGGUGUUCAGGUGUGAUGGAGCUAAAGGAAAUCCUGCAGGUGUUGGAGCAGCUUGCUCCGCUGUCUCUGGCUGAGUCAUGGGACAACGUUGGCCUGCUGGUUGAGCCGAGCAAACUUCACCCUGUAAAAACUAUUCUGCUGACAAAUGACCUCACAGAUGCUGUCAUGGAGGAAGCAGAGGCCAUGAGCUGUGACCUCAUUAUCUCAUAUCACCCUCCUUUGUUUCGGCCAAUCAAGCGUCUGAUCCAGAAGGAUUGGAAGCAGCGAUUGGCUAUCAGGGCUGUGGAGGCGGGGAUAGCCAUCUUCUCCCCCCACACAUCGUGGGACAGCGUUAAAGGAGGAGUGAACGACUGGCUGGUGGGAGGACUUGGUAGCGGUCAGGUGUCUGUGCUGAGUCAAGCCCAAGGUGGCGCCUCCCACAGUCACAAACUUGAGUUCAUAGUCAAAAAUACAGAAGAAGUCAACAGCAUCAUGGAGGAAAUCAGAGCCUGUGACAGUGGAACAACACUUCAGCAUGCAGUCAGCAGACCAGAUGACAGUGGGAUCCACGUCAGUGUGACCUGCAGUGACUCAGCGCUGACCCCUAGUGUCCAGACACUGUUACAACACAAUGCUCCCAACCAGUCCCUCAGCAUCCUCAAGUUAGAGAAGCCCCCUCUCCCGGGUCAUGGCCAGGGGCGACUGAGUGUUUUGGACCAGCCAGUUUCUGUGGCAACAGCCAUCCAGAAAAUGAAGUCACACCUGGGUUUGAGUCACCUCCGAUUGGCUCUUGGGUUGGGGCAGACGCUUGAGUCAUCCGUGUGUACUGCGGCUGUUUGUGCUGGAUCUGGAGCCUCGGUGCUGAACGGAGUCAAGGCAGACCUCUACAUCACAGGUGAGAUGUCCCAUCAUGAAGUGCUAGACGCCGUGGCGAAGGGAACAAGUGUUAUCCUCAGCGACCAUAGCAACAGUGAGCGUGGAUAUCUGGCGGUAUUCAGGGAGAGGCUGGCUGUGCGUCUUCAUGAGAGCGUGACAGUGGUGGUGUCCAAGGCGGACCGAGACCCUCUGGAGGUGGUCUGAGAAACGAGGGGCUGUAGGUAGCCUGUUGUAAAAACUUUCAGUUUUAUUGGAUUAAAUUGAACACAAGAGAAACAAUAUCUGCUUCUUUUCAUGUAGAAACUCAUUUUUUAAAACUUUAUUUUACCAGAAGCAUUUUUAUUGAGAAAUAAAGAUCUCUUUUACCACAGAGAACAAAUAGCAGCCCAUAAAUAACAGAAACUGCAUCAGGUUAUCAAUUAGUAGCAGUGUUCAUCAGUGCUGGUCAAAUGAACCACAGUUCUAACCUUCCGACAAACACAAACUCUAUUUUUUUACUGCAAAAGAAAGCUUUACAAAUUAAAAGCAAAACCCCUAUUUUGAGCCAACUAAUUCUCCAUUUUAUCAACUAAAUAAACUAAAAUUUAGAGACUUAAUAGUAUACAAAACAACACAAAUAAUAAAGUAAACUGGACAUUUACUACAAAGUAUCCAGAGGUUUUUUAAAAUGAAAAAGAAAACAACCUGUGGAUAAUCUCUUAAAAAUGUAAAAAUAUGCAGUACAUUGGUCAGGCUCGAAAGACUGUGUAACAUCAUUUAUUAGAUACAACAAGGGAAAUUUAUGUGUGUAUGAAUAUGAUAAAAUGUUAAUGUGCACUAGUGUCAGUGACAACAAAGCAUCAGUGUUCUUGAUAUAAACUUGUUUCUGUGAUAGUUUUUAGGAGUAAGAGGGAUAGGUUUAAUUGAGUGCUAGCUUUAGCCUUAACCCUUUCAGUUACCUUUGGAAAUCAGAAAUUUCACUCUGACCUUGUAAAUAGUUUUAUUUUUUUUUUGUUGUGAGCGAACCAAAAUAAAUGUAAUUCAUUCAUUCAUGACUGAAUGCCCCUGAUGCCUCUUAUGAAAUUUAAAGGGUUCAUGUCUGGAUAAAUAACUGAAUAAAAGAUUGUUUUUAUCAAGACUGAAGUUGAUUUAAAGCUUUAACCCACUAAAAAGUUAGGAAAAUUAACAUUCUGCAAUGUUUUUUUGGUUUUUGGUGAAGGACAGUUUUUGGCCUUAAUGGCUUUAAGGUGGAGUAAAUUUUGAAUUGGACACUGCACAAAAAUUAAAAAUGCCUCAAAAAUCACUUAGUAACCAGUCUUUGACAUAUUGUUUACUGUGAUAAAUACUUUAUAGUUUUGUCUGUAACUUCUGUUUACUAACAAAACUUCCUUGCAGCAAGUGAAAAAAUGUUUUUUUAUGUAGAAAAAAAAAUUAUCCACAGGUGUAAUGCACCUUAGUACUAGUUUCUUCGUCUCUCAAGAACAAAUGAAAAACGAUCAAACAAAAAAUGAAAGAAUUAAUGAAAACCUCACGAAAGAAUGUAAAACAAACAAAAAACAAAUGUGCAUUAAACGUAAAAACGAAAGAACCAACAAAAUAAAAGAAAUUUUAAAAGCAUGACAAACUAAUGUACGAACGAAAAACGAACAAACGAAAAACAGUCUGAUUGGCAGAGGUUUCUUUGAAAAGGGUCAAAUACCGUUAGCUCGAGGUUAACUUAAGGAAGAGAAAGUAUUAAAACUGGAAUCAGUAAAGUUUCCUCAAAUUUUAAUUUUGUAUAAUACAAUGUCAUGAAUUCAAUAGCACCUGAUAUAGACCCCAGUGGGACAUGGUUUUGUGUGUCAGUGUAAGGUUUAUGCCAUAGCUGCUCUAAAUUAACAGCAUUGGUAAUUACCAAAAUCAUUUUUAUGUUUCUGUAAUGGUUAAUACAUCUGCAUGUAGAAACUCUUAAACUGAAAUGAUGUAUUUAAUGCUAAAAUAUAAUUAUCAAUGUUAUCUAUGAAUUUCAAAUGUACUGUUUUACAAAAAACCACAGAAAAAAUUGUAAAACACAUUACUAUUUCUUGAUUAAGAUGUCAAAUUAUAGUUAUUUACCAUCAUUCCUGAAUGGAAAAAUUGGUUUUAGUGGUGAAUGUUAUGCUUGAUUAUUUCUGACUUAUCAGAGAGGCCAAGUGAGACGGCUCAAAUUUGGGUAUAAAAAGGUGAAUUCAGAUUAAAAUUCCUCUUUCUUGUUCAAAAUGGUAAAAUGUGGAGAGCUGACUGAAAUGAAAGAGUACACAUUAAAGCACUUCAUGCUUUCAAACACUAAAAAAUGCAUUGAUUUAUAUUCAGCCUGGUAGCAUUUAGCAAACAAACUUGGUGAAAAUGUACAAUAUUUAUA